AUGUCACCAAAUGUACAAUUGUCACAACAAUCACCACAAUCACAAUUUAUGCAACUACAACAAUCACUACCUCAAGUACAACUACAAGUACAACUAUCACAACAAUUGCCAUAUCAAUAUACUACUACAAUAAUCACUACCACUAUCACAAUACAACAAUCACUACAAGCACAACUUAUGCAACUACCACAAAUACGACUACCACAACAAUCACUACCACUAUUGCAAAUACAACAAUCACCACAAAUGCAACUAUUACAACAAUUGCUACCAUCAUCACAAGUACAACAAUUACAACCAUUAUUACAAGGACAUCCCCAACUGAUUUUAUCACUAUUUUUAUUACAACAAUCAUUUUUACCAUCACUAUUAAUGCCACAAUACAAUUGGGCUUUUGAAGCUCAACUAUUUCAAUUGCAUUAA